GUGACGGCGGAUGGAGGAGGUCUGAGUCCGGUGUUCGGUGCUACACAGGGGGGGAGAGAAGUCCCGGUUUUCCGUCUGCAAUGAGAACCGAACAGUCUGAGAAUGGAGAAAACUCUACGAACUCGCAGAGCGAAAUGCUGAUCAACCAGCUGAGGGAGAUCACUGGCAUCCAGGACCAACAGAUUCUCUACAGAGCUCUGAAUGCCAGUCAGGGUGACAUUGGACAUGCAGUUGGCCUCCUGACAACCCAGACGGCCGAAGUUCAGGACUCUGGAGAGCCGCAGGAGCCGGGGACGUCUGGACUUCCUAAAGACGAGCUGCAGACCGCCAUCGAGCUCAGCCUGCAGGAGUCGCACAGCGCUCAGGAGGAGGAGAGAGAAUUUCACAGGGCUCUGGAGGCCAGCGCGGAGGAGAACGCGGCGAGAAUCAAGAGGAAGAGGUGCGAGGCCCAGAGCGACAUGUGCAGCCCCGCGGACUGGAUCCGGCAGGACGACUGGCCCGUCGGCAUCCGCAACGUAGGAAACACCUGCUGGUUCAGCGCCGUCAUCCAGUCGCUGUUCCACCUGCCGGUGUUCAGGAGGCUGGUUCUCAACUACCAUCUGUCUGAGCGAGUGCUGGAGAAGUGUAAGAGCCACUCGGACAAGAGGAACAUCGCCUUCAUGCAGGAGCUCCGCUGCCUGUUCGCCCUCAUGUUGGGCUCCACCCGCAGGUUUGUGGAUCCGUCUGCUGCCGUGGAGCUGCUGCGAGACGCCUUCAGGACCAGUGAGGCCCAGCAGGAUGUCAGUGAGUUUUCCCACAAGCUGCUCGACUGGCUGGAGGACGCCUUUCAGCUGGCUGCCAAAGGAAAUAACGCAGAAGACAAGCAGAACAACCCCAUGGUCCAGCUGUUCUACGGCACCUUUGUGACGGAAAGAAAACACGAGGGGAAGACGUUGUGCAACAUCGAGCAGUUCGGUCAGUAUCCGCUGCAAGUCAACGGCUUCAACAACCUGGACGAGUGCCUCGAAGGUGCCAUGGUGGAGAAGGAGAUCGAGUCCCUGCAUUCGGACCACGGCGUCACGUUGGGCCGCGAGAGAUGGUUCAAAAAGCUUCCACCAGUCUUGACAUUUGAACUUUCUAGAUUCGAAUUCAACACCCAGCUCGGGCGCCCGGAGAAGAUACACAAGAAACUGGAGUUUCCUCAGAUCAUUUACAUGGACAGAUAUCUCCACAAAAACAUCGAACGGACCCACGAGAGGAGAGGAGAAGUGAAAAAACUCAAAGAGCAACUUGCAGUCCUUCAGCAGAAGCUUGAGUGUUAUAAAAACUACGGCUCAGGACCGACCAAGUAUCCUCUGGCUGACAUGCUCCAGUUUGUGCUGGAGUUCGCCACCACCAAGCCCUCCAGCGUUUCCCCGGCUGAAGACUCGAGGCUGGCCACGUCUUCGCCGACUCCUGCAGGCCUCGGCCUCGGCGAAGGCAUCAGCAAAGAUACCAGUGAACCUGGGGAGUCAGAUUCCUCGGAGGGGAUGGUUUCCAGUGUUUCCAGUUGCCAGCGGACGCCUAUAUACAAGCCCUUCACCCAGUGCCGAUGCCCCAUCGACUGCCCGCCGCACCCGGCCCCCCACAGCAUCACCGAAGAGGAGCUGCACUUUGUGAAAACCUGCCUGCAGCGCUGGAGAACCGAAGUAGAGAAUGACAUAAACGAGCUAAAGGCCAGCAUCGACAGGCUCACUCAGACGCUCGAGGGCAUGUACUCGGACAACAGCCUCUGCCAGGUGCCCUACAGACUCCACGCGGUGCUCGUCCACGAGGGCCAGGCGUCGGCGGGGCAUUACUGGGCUUACAUCUACGACCACGCCAACCAGCGCUGGAUGAAGUACAACGACAUAAGCAUCACCGAGUCGUCUUGGGAGGAGCUGGAGAGAGACUCCUUCGGGGGGAUGACCAACGCCAGCGCCUACUGCCUCAUGUACAUCGACGACAGGCUGCCUCACCUCAUCACAGAAGACACAGACGACGAGACCGGCCAGGCGCUCCACGGCAUGGACUCGCUGCCGCCCGUCCUCAGACGCUACGUCCAGGAGGACAACCGCUGGUUCCAGCAGGAGCUCAGCGAAUGGGAGGAGCAGUUCUGCCAGACGGCCACCGCCCAGGAGGAGUCCACCACGGUGUCCGCAGAGCCCCCGAGCCCCGGUCUGGACGGCGUGCAGCAAACGCCCGUCGAGCCAGCGCCCCAGUCGGGACCGGCCGCUGAAGAGCCGGACCGGGAGGCUGCUUCAGAGACGCAGCCGGACCCGGAAGCAGAGAAGGAUCCAGAACCCGAGUCCACAGAGAAGAGUGAAGAAGAGUCGCAGUUAUCGCCUCCACCAGCAGAGAGCGCUGGCAGCCAGCCAGGCGACGCCAGCAGCGCCGCGGUCACCGACACCCUGGAGCCCAGCCAGAGCUCCACCUCAGCGGAGAAGGAGCUGCAGAGCCAGACUGCUGGCCCUGACGCAGAGCCCAGUAACGAGGCGCCGUCUGACCUCGGCGUGGAGAAGGACGAGGCGGAGGUGGGAGGCCUCGGCUCCGGAGCUGAAGGUGAGCCGGAGGCCUCCGGAGACGCUGCCGAUGUCGGGCAGGGAGACGAGGAGCAGCGGCAGGAGGCUCCGGCCAGACAGCGACAGACCGAGAACGAGGUCUCGGAGGUGGAGAUCCCCAACGUGGGCCGGAUCAUGGUGAGGGCCGACGCCGACGGAUACAAUGAAGAGAUGAUGCUGACUCCAGCGAUGCAGGGAGUCAUUCUAGCCAUAGCCAAGGCAAGACAGACGUUUGACAAGGAAGGCCCCGAGGCAGGCCUCAUCAGGGCCUUCCACGAAGAGUAUUCCCGCUUGUACGAGCUCUCCCAGGAGGAGGCCACGCCUCAGGAGGACGCCCGUCUGCAGCACGCUCUGGUCUACUUCUUCCAGAACAAAGCGCCCAAGCGUAUUAUUGAGAGGACGCUGCUUGAGCAGUUUACCGACCGCAACCUCAGCUUCGACGAGAGGGCCAUCAGUAUCAUGAGGGAGGCCCGAGCCAAGCUGCGCCUCAUUAAACCAGAAGACAUGGACAUGGAUGAAUACCUGCAGUGGCACGACGACUACAGGCUGUUCAGGACGGUGUUUGUCUACCUGCUGACCGGGCUGGAACACUACCAGCAUGGGAAGAUGCGUGAGGCGUUGAACUACUUGGCCCACGCGUACGAGACCAACGGCAGCCUGCUGAAGAACGGAGAGAAACGCGGCGUGGACAAAUCUCUCAUUUCAGUUUACAGGAGGAAGUGUCUCACUGCCUUAAACGAGAACGCAUCGCGGCUGUUUUGCAGCGGCGAGGACGGCAAAGUGGAGGAGGGCGUCGGCAUCAUGGACGAGGUGGUGAUUCCCUGCCUUCACCUGAUGAGCCGAGACGCCUCCUUGUCCCAGGAGGACCGCGACGCCAUGGAGAGCAUCCGCAGCCACUGGUGCUGCUGCCUGGGCCAGGACAUGGACGACUCAUUGCAGGUGAAGCUGGGUGAGCUGCUGCCCAGGGUUCUGGACGGUUCCGCCGAGACAGUGGUGCUGAAAGACCCGCCCAAAGUCCACAUGAACCAGGCCCACGACCUGUGCAGCCGCCUGGCCGCCGUCAUGGAGUCCAUCCACAACACCUCAGUAGUCAUUGUCAAGUAAAGUCCUGAAUAAAACCUCCCACGACCUCUUUGAAACGUGCAGCUUCACUGCGAGCAGCUCGGCCGACGGAUCGAUCUGAACUGAGAAACUGCAGCUGGAGGCCAAAUUGUAUAUUUCUUUCUUCUUUUUUUUUGCAGGUCCUUAAAAAAAAUUUUUCAAAUUGAUCAAGUUACAGCCUGGAAGCUUCCAAACAGUCAAAAACAGCACCAACAGUACCGAGAAGCCACGAGGGCUUUAGAACAGCAGCAGGUUUUGCAAAUGAAGCCAAUCAGGUGGCCGUCCACCAUGUUUUUCUCCCAUAAUCUUCAAAACCAGAUAUCAUCUACGUGUCUUCUGGCUCUUUCUGACUCUCAAUACAAAGUUGUGAAGGUUUAUACGAGUUCAUUUACGCGUUUCACUCACCAGCCGAGCAGCUGGAAGCCCACUCGCCGAUUAGCGAGACGUUAAAUUCUGAUUGGCACCCUGAAAAGUUCAUAUAUGGGCAUGUUUUAGCGAGCGGCUAGCUUGUUAACUUGAAAUACUGGCAACAAUUAGGCUGUCGCUCAACUCUGCAGGACGUGAAGGGACUGAAGGGAUUUGUUGAUUGUGUUGCUAAGCAGUGAAUGCACAAUGAGGCCUUUUGGUUUUAUUUUUAUUUUUUUUACAGGGCUUAAAAAACACUAGACGUGUACCCGCACAGUGACGAACACAGUUUAUUAGCUUUUUUUAAAUAUAUGUUUUAUAUUACUUUGUAUUUUUCCAGAACAGAUUUUAGGGAAUUUUACAUGUAGAAGGAACGAUGUCAGCACUAGAACGCAUCAAAUCAUUAUAGCAGCAGGGUGUUCUGCUGGACUGUAGUCGUAGAGAGCGUCCUGUUGGACAGCAGCACCUUCACCACACAGACGUGCCUUUUAUCUGCAAACCAUGUAGACUGUUUGAGAGGAAGGAUGCGGGACGGCAAGAGAUGAAAUCCUUUUUUUUUUUGUGUCCCAAAUGCAACAGUUGAAUCAGGAUUUUGCGGCCAACAGCCACAAGCGGCUGCUGAUCUCACUGUUUUUUCACUUGUACGCUAUGAUGAUGCUCAAUAAAUGUUUUAAAUACUC